CGCGUGCUCUGGCCGUCUGCCAGGUGCAAAGCUCCCCAGCCUCCACACUUGAGCCUCACUAUCACACUUAACUUUUUUUUCUUUCUUUCUCUUUCUUUCUUUUUCUUUUUCUUUUCUUUCUUUUUUUUUUUUUUUUAAACAUGAAGCCCGAGAGAGACGACGUGAUUUUUCAAGCUCUGCUGCUCAUCCACAUUCCUGUGGCCUGCCUCUUCACUGCAGUGUCAGCCCAGUCUGACAGCAGCAGCAGUGUAGUGGUGGCAGGUUACAAUGUUAGCGCCCCUGCUGGGUCAAGCGUGGUGCUGCAGUGUGUGAGCGGUCGCAUGGUGUGGACCAGGGACAGACUGAAGGACAGACAGAGGGUGGUGCACUGGGAUCUGUACCGGGCCCGUCCAGACUACGCCAUGGAGAGGGUGGCAGACAUGUUCUCUGCAGGAGACCAGAGGAUCUAUAACUCGUACAACCAGGGCAGAGUCAGCCUCAGCCAGUCAGCCUUCAAGGAUGGAAACUUCUCCCUGGUCAUCAGAGAUGUGACCAUGAAUGACCGCGGCCUGUACUCCUGUAACCUCCACCAUCACUACUGCCACCUGUAUGAGACAGUCAGAGUACAGCUCAAUGUCACCAGAUCACGCCGUAAGGAACAGCGGUUCUGGGAUGGACAAAAGGCGGUGUAUGUGGUGCUGCAGGGCAGCACAGUGGUACUGCCAUGCGUCAACCGACGGAGUGUGUGGACAGACGGGAGCAGUGAGGAGGAGCAGCAGGUAGUGCACUGGGACCGUCAGGCGCCGGGGAUCCGCCAUGACCGCGCCGAUCGGCUCGUGGAUUUGUACGCCUCAGGGGAGCAGCGCAGCUAUGGACCCCUGUUCCUCCAGAGGAAGAUGAACAUCAGCAAUCAAGCUUUCUCACAGGGAGACUUCUCACUGGCCAUAUCUGAUCUACAGCCAACAGACCAGGGCCUCUACUCCUGCCACCUCCACCACCACUACUGUGGCCUCCAUGAGAGAAGAGAGUUCCAGCUUACUGUAGGACCACCGCAGCCUCAGACCACCGUGCCGCCCAAAGCUCUGCCCUCUGAAGACAAAGACACCACAAAGGCUGAGUCGCCACGAGUCAUCAACGUCAUUCUGCCUGAUCAGAGGCAUCACUUUCUGCUGCCGCUGGGCUACGUCUUGACCUCCUUCCUGCUCCUGGCCUUCAUCAUCCUCAUCAUCAUUCUGAUCACACGUCGGCGCCGAACCAAAGAGUUUUAUCCGCAGACGUCUAUAAGGUCUAUCAGAAGUCACAGCAGCUCUGAUGAGUUUGAGAUGGAUGUGACUGAGGAGAAGGCCUGCGCACAGGAGGCGAGAGCAUUUGACUACAAGAACAACCUACUGAAAGAGAAGGUCCAGAUGAACACUCUACCAAAAGUUAUUGAUCUUGACAAAGAGAUGGAGAAAUUUUGGAAGUGAGAGUAUGACAGAGAGAGAGAAAGAGAGAGAGAGAUGGAGUCACUGGCUGGUCCAGAGGCUGCGCUCCAAACCAAACACCUCCACAUUUUCCUCUGUUCUAGUGGGAGAAGCCACAGAGAGAGAGAGAGAGAGAGACAGGCAGAGACUGUCAUCUCCCUCCCUUCUUCUCAGACAAAUAAAGUAUUGUAAUGAAAUGCAGAGAAAUGCUCCAAGACAACUCACAGUAUGAGGCCUCAGAUUUUCAAACUGUCAGUAUUACAUACACAAACAAAAACGGUUUUCAUAUUGUUAAUUUUCAAGCUACAGUAAAAAAAAAGAUGGCACAAGACCAUUGUGUGUAGCACAACAGCACCACCUAGUGGGGCGUCCUAACUAAGCCAGGACUCAAUUUGAGGACAGCCCCACUUUAGCUCCAUGUGUUGAAUAAAUGGUCUGCAAGUCAGUUUUUAACGCAGUUAAACUCUUAUAAUGAAUUGCACACACAUCCCAUUGUUGAUUGCACACAGUUUGUUUUUUUCAUCACCCACAGAUGAUAAAACUGGCUGCAUUCCAGUUUAAUAAACUGUCAGAUUUGUUUCAUUUUUUUUUUUUUUUUUAACUUUAUGUGUUUGCUCAUGUAUUCCGUCUUAGUUUGACUGAUCAGUACUGAGGCACCUCAUUGAUCAUAUCCAUGUCUAUUGCACAGCAAAGUAUACUCAAAUCUGCUUACUGUAAGCUAUGGCUAACUGUAUGCCAACUGCAAAAUGAAGCAAUGUAUGUGAAGAUGUUUUAUUUUGAUGCACAUAAUGAACCAUAUAUAUUUUUUUGUGUAGAUUUUUUU